GUCUUCCAAUGCCUUCCAUUCCCAAUCCUCCAAAAGACCAAAACCUAUCAUGGUGUUUGGAUGGAAGAAUUUAGAGUGGUGUUUCUUGUCUUUGUGGAUUUUUGAUGAUGCUUAUCCACAUUUUUUUCUAUUAAUUUCAGCUGUUACAUAUAUAGACGCCAGUGCUGUUCAAGCUUUGAAAGACCUCUAUCAAGAAUACAAAUCAAGGGACAUUCAGUUAGCCAUUUCCAAUCCAAACCAAGAAGUCUUGCUAACUCUAGCUAAAUCUGGCGUGGUUGAUCUAAUCGGCAAGGAGUGGUACUUCGUCAGAGUCCACGAUGCCGUCCAAGUUUGUCUCCAUCACGUCCACAGCUUAAACGAGUUCCCCAAGACACAAGAAGUAUCAUCAUUAGACAACACCCAAGGUGCCUUCCAAAGGCUGCCGAAGCAGCGAAAAGAAGAGUUCUCAAUCCCCGAGCUUGAGUCAGGCGACCAACGUCCUCUUGCAUCCGGUUUUGCAGACCCUAAGCUAGAACCGCUGCUCUCACAGAAAUAAACCGGUACUCCUUGCCAUUGUCUGCUCUCUCGUAGUAAGAUUCUUAUUCUUUUCUUGGUAAAAAAAAUUUAUGGAUAAAAAAUAAUUUGCACUUCACCUCACACAAAAUGUAUAGCUCCUGGAAACACAACUAAAAAUAGUGUCAAAUUUUCAUGGAAACUUUAUAUUGACACGGAGGGAAUGCCUGUAAAUGGUCAUUUUUAGCUAUACUUGUGGAAAUAUUCUGUUCAAGAUUUCUAUGUGAGAUCCAAAAUCACUUGUCGGGGCACCACCUCGCGCCUAAUGCAACCCCACCCUCUUGCUUUAGCUGGUGAAAUGAUGCAGAUUUCUUGGAUUAUACCAUGCAAAACUACAGGUACUUUUAUUGGCAUAUUUGUGUCUUACACUUGUGUUGUGCAUCCAAUAUGCUUAGAUUGGGUUUCGUUGAAUUUAUUUUGCCUUGUAAAUAGGCUAGCUAUGUGAUUAUAUCAUUAUAAUAUGAAGCAAUUCAUUGUCUACUAAAUGAUAUUUCUUGCUCGUGUAAUGCCGAGGAAUAAUUCUAAUCCAUUCUC